AUCACUGUUGAUGAAGAAAUAUGGUAGUAAAGCAGCUUCAAAGUCUCAAUCUCUGUAUUCACAACCUCUCAAAGCUCUUGAGAAGAUAGCAUUUCAAGGUCAAUGUGCAGCACGUAUGGGCAUUAUUAUUAAUUUAUACAUACAACAGGCGUUGGGAAAUUUAUUGUCGUUUACACAGGAGAAUUCUCUAAAUGUAGACAAAAUCAUACAGUGUGUUAGAGAUAUCUUUGCGAUGUCUACAAAGUCAUUGGAUCAAAUUUCUCGUUGUGGUGCUUUUCACCAUUUAGUAAGAAGAAAGGCAGCUUUAGCUGACACAGGCUUACAUGAUCUUAGAGACAUUAAGGAUCAUUUAUGGACACUUCCUUUGUCCCAUACAGGAGUGUUUGGGGAUGGUAUGGAAAAGAAGUUAAAAGAUAGGAAAGAGAUGAAUUCUCAAUUAUCAGAUCUUUUACCAGAGGUAGGGCGCAAGAGGAAGUUUCCAGAUUCUACCUCUUCAAAUCAGUGGAAGAGACCACGGUUGCCUAAUCAGACUUUUGAAAGUCGUCCUGCCAGGAGUCAAUUUCCGAGCUACAGACAGCCACAGAGGCCAAAUAGUAGUAAUUUUACCAUACCUAAGGUGGUAAAAUCACAGCCUAAAACAUCUAAUCUAUCACGACAUUCAGGAGAGCCAGUGACCUUCAAGCGCUAAAAUUAGGAGAAGGAGCUAUAUCUGUGAAGGCAGAUGGGGUAACUUUUAUCAGACAAGGUUUGGCUAAACAGGAUAGACCUGGUCAUUCAUCAGCAAA